AUGCCAAAGAGAAAAGAAAAACCACUUGAAGCAAAACAAGAACAAAAUUUAUUAAAGAAAAACCUUAUUAUUGUUAUCGUAAUUGCCUCCAUAAUCGUAAUUCCAUUAAUAAUUUACAUUUUGUGUGGAGGAUAUGCAACUAUUAUAGCAGCGCCUGAUCUACAAAUAAUAACAAUUAAAGAAGCUACGAAACUUCCGUAUAAUAACACUAGAUUUAACUUUGAUUUUGCUAAUAAUGUUCCUUUUAAUGGAACUAUCAGACAAAAUGACACAAAAAUAACUCCUAUUAAUGAAGCUUUUAAGCAUAAUGACACUAAAAUAGAAUCAAUAAUAAUUCCUGCGGAUUGGAACUGGCCAACAGAAAGAAAUCGAAUUAUUUUAGAAAGACAAAAGAAAUACAUAAAUUUCGAUGAUGUACAUUCAAAUAAAGAAGCAAUCGAUAGAAUUCUUGAAAAAAUGGACUUCAAAAUUAAUUUUAAUAGCUUUCCUAGUGAUGUUCAUGAUUUGGAAGUUUAUUAUGGGAUUAAAGUUCCACACAACUAUUCAGGAAUCAAAUCCUAUCAUCAUGCCGAUAAUGCUGGUCACAGAUUUUACAUAUUAAGAUUUUCAUCAGGAUUUAUGGACGAAAAUUUCCUAUUUUUACCUCCUGCAGGCUUAGAUAAGCCACAUGGACUUGUUCCACAGCUAGAAUAUCUUUUCUGGAAGAAUAAUGAACAUAUUAUUUCUUUUAAAGAUACUAGAGAAUGGCAUGUUAGUGUUUCAUGGGAUAUUAGGAAUGGAAAAGCACGUACGUCAUGUUCCGAUACAUGUAAGAAGUCAAAUUCAUCUCAUCAUUUGAAUUAUUGUAAUUGGCCAGAAAGAGUCUCAAAACCAGAGAUUGAUGGAACAGUUAUCGUUAAUGCUGGCCAUUAUAUUAAUAUGUACCAACAUUUCUUUGAUAAUGCUCAACCACAUAACGCAAUUUCUCUUAUUACAACUGGCCUCAAGCCAAACAACGUUACGAUAUAUACAGAAGCUUCUGGUUCAUUGGUACAUCAAAUGCAGGACCAAAUGGGAUUUAUUGGCCAAAUUAAUGGAAAAAAUCAAAAAACUGUUGUUUCCGCCAAAAGAUUGAUUCUUGCUGCUGUUGUUAGAGUUGUACACCCAUGGUACUUCGAUUGGUUUACUGAUUUAAUGGAUAUUCCUAAUUUACAAAGAAAUAAAAUUAUUAUAAUGCCGAGAGGAGGAGUUUAUGGCGGAAAAGGCGAAAGAAUUAUCUCGAACCUCGUGGACCUUAAAGGACCACUAUCAGAAAUCUAUGGAAGUGAAAAUGUGAUUAUAUUUAAUAAAGAUGACUACAGACAGUUAUCGCAACUCAGAGAAUUAUUUGCCAGUGCUAAAAUAAUCAUUGGACCACACGGAGGUGCUUUUUAUAACGCAUUUCUUGGCGGAAAAGAUAUAAUAGCCGUUGAACUACUUCCAAUCCAGACGGAUGGAUCCUAUCCUCGUUCGACAUUUGGAAAUAUGUGUAUUUACUCAAAUACACAAAUGCUUGGACAAAAAUUAUAUCGAUAUUACACAAUUGCUAAUAAUAUUAACUAUAAUAUUGAUAUCAAUGACUUCAUGGAGUGGUUUAAGAAUUUCCCAAUGAUGAACAUAGGUUAA